GGACUAGACCUCAAGAGAAUUGAGUAGUAAAGUAAACGGAAUUGAAGGAGUAGGAAGAGAAUUUAGAAUUAAGGUAUAAUUUGGGAGUGGUAGACGAUUACUGGAGAAGCUUCGGCGCUUACCGAAUAAGUGAAUAGCAGAGGCAGUGAUACGAACGAGAGGAUUAGGGGAAUUACAUUGUAGGCUGUUGGAAGAGAUCAUAGAAGUCGAGUAAAGUGAAAGAUAAUGAUGACGAUUAGCAGCAACAGAAUUAGCAAUAAGGAUGAUGAAGCUGAUGAUGACAAACAAAGGGAGUGGUCGGAUCUGUGCGAGGACCUCUUGUCUUCCAUACUCUCACGGUUAGCCAUCGGAGACUAUCUUACUUUCAAGUCAGUAUGUAAAUCAUGGAAAGCAGUAGCUCUGCCUCCUCUUCCAUCAUCAAUGUCAUUACUUGAUCACUGCCCGCAUGAUAAGGACUCAUACCAUGACCCGUAUCUCAUGUACUUCACCAGCAAAAUCGGCUUCUUCAACUUCCACGAUCCAACACGUAAUGCCACUUAUUCACAUAGCAUUCCUCCCUUGUUGGAUGAUGAAAUUGGUGAAGUUGAACUUUUUUACGCAAGUCGUGGCUGGUUGCUUCUUGGUAAAGGUAGGCAGUCAUAUUUUUUCUAUAACCCGUCAACCAAGGUUAAAAUAGACCUCCCUGACACGCUUGAACCGUUGGAGUGGGCAUGUUUUUCUGGAUCACCAACAUCUGCCUGGUGUGUAUAUGGCAUUUAUAGCUGCCAUACAUCUAUCACUUUAAUUGCAACGUUAAAAUUGGGUGAGACACGUUGGUCAAUGUGUUUCCCUCAGAAUGUAGGAAACAAUUUUUUUUGGUUCCAAUUGCUCCCCUGUUGUGCGCAAUGGAUUCAUUUAUGUUCUAGGGGAAUCUGGAAAUCUAGGAAAGUUUUGGCUUACGUCCAAGGGGUUGGAGGAACUGUGUGACUGGAAGAUCAUUGGCAAGCAUAAUAAAAACCAGUUUUUAAAAUUUCAAGAUCAGUUUCUCUUGGAGAGUGACGGCAAUCUAAUAUGUGUUGCAACUCUUGAGGGCGGUGAAGUUCGGGUGUUGAGGUUCGAUGAUUAUAAUAACAUUUGGCGGAAGAUAGAGAAUCUGAAUGGGAAAUCAUUUUAUGUUUCUCACAGAACAUCCAUAUCGCGGAAAACAACCGUUAGCGGGACAGGAAACAAGAUCUUUUUUCCGAGGUUCUACGACGGUGUUGGGAUAUAUUAUCCCGGCCUAUUACUGUUCAGGAGCCCAAGACAUUAUCCAGUACGGAGCCCGAGCAGCUAGGCCCAUUUCGGCCCAUCCGGCCCACUUUGACCACCAGGCCUGAUAUCGGCCCGUUUGGCCCAUUAGGGUGGAGAGCCCCUUCUCUCCUUCCCCUAUAAAUACGGAGCUUAGCCUCCAUGUAAAGGAUCCCCUUUUUCCUUUCUUCUUCUCCCUCCUUAGCUAGAUUAGAACUCCAUUAAUGGGAGCUUCAAACAAAUUGUACUAUGUAAUGGUGAGGAGAGUCCUAAUGAGAAAGAGAGGGCUUGGACAUUAGCCUAAAAAGUCCCGUGGUUUUCUCCCUUUCGGGUUUCCACGUAAAAACUGAGUUGUUCAUACACAUUUAUACAUAUAUUUACUAUAUCGUGUUGGAUUAAACUCAACACUGGCGCCGUCUGUGGGAAUCUGUUCAAAAAGAUUCAUGUGUUCUAUGAAAAAAUCAUAUGAAAUGGACUGAUUCCAGCAAAAAAAGAAGAAAAAUGGAUUCUGAGAAGUUCUUAGACCUAGUAAGAAUCGGAAGAAAUAACGAUUGCCGACCCAGUCCGGCCGCGACGCUGCACCAAGACGGAGGUGGAGUGCGAGCUCCGCCCUCCAACUUCGUCACCCAGUCGCAGCUCCUUCCUCCAGUCGCGGCACCGGCGGACAUCGUCGCAGGGGCUCAUCAACUUCACCGAGCUCAAGGAGGGGACAUUUUGAAGCUCUGUCGGACUCCCACCGGAGGCCGGCCUCCGUCGCCGUCCUUGCACCUUCGGCGACCUUCACUGACAACUGCCAGCAAGCGGCCAGCAGGUGGACAGCACUUCGGUUUGUUCUUGGUUGGAAGCAAGCCACGUCGUGGAAGGAGGGAUGUGGACCAAGUCCUCAUUUGGGGAUUGACGAGCUUCGCAUUAGUCAUCAUGUGGGAAAGUGAUUGUUGACUCGGUCAACAUAUAUUCCUUGGGGCAUUCCAAGCCGAGACGUACGCUACAAGAGCUAAGUUUCACAAAAAACCUUCACCAUUUGCUAAUUUGAGUAUUAAUUGGAAUAAUGUUCCUUUACUAUUAUUAUUUUAUCACCAUUAUUUAUUAGGGAUUAGAAUCUCCCAAAAUUAAAUAAUGUCGAGCGACGCUCUUGUGAUAAUUAGUUUUCACCAUCAUUUUAAUUAAUGAUUGGUUGUUAUGGGCCCGUCGGCCCGCUCCUGAUCGGCUUUAAUUAGCGAACGGAGUAUACUUGAAUGGCCUUUGAUAGGAAAGUAUCAUUGCUAUUACAUGUUAUAUCACUAUUAUUUAUUGGGGAUAAAUGUCCCGAAUUAAAUAAUGCGGAGCGAGGCUCUAGUGAUAGUUAGUUCGGCCAAUAUUUUAUUGAAUAUUUAAUUUUUCGUGGGGCCUGUUGGCCCACUCUCGAUCAGCUUGAUUAAGUGAUCCGAGCGUCCCCGGAAAGGCGAUGCCCCGACGACGCAUUUUAAUUUGAGGGGUGCGCAUUAGUCCGCACGGCACUACGUGCCCGAUCGACGAUCAUACCCCAAUGUAAUCCGCGCCGCUAGGCGCGAAGUGACUAUUGCCAAACGUGGCCUAUGGGGCCCGAGGGCACCAAAGCACUCAACCUCGUUUUUCCGAGGGCAGUGCGACUAACUUGGGUCUGAGUUUGAAAACUCACAGACCAAUGAGUAUUUCUAUGUGACGUUCGGCGGGCUGCUAAUUGGCCUCGCCGCGAGCUGCUACGUCCCUUAACCCCGCACGAUGAGCCGGGCCGAGGGUCACGAUGACCCAUAGGCCGGUAAUCGUGGAUGUUAAAGAGAAAGCCAUGCAGAUGGUUAUGUGUGUAUACAUAUUGUCGGGCCGUGCGGCCCGUUACCAUGUUUAUUGCGCAGCUGAAGCCACUCGAUGCGCUCGAGCGAAAUGAUUAAAAGAUGCUCGGCCCGAGUCUUAAAGACAUUCAGGGCCAGCUAAAGAGGAGACCAUCACGGCUGAGGACCGUGAGACGAGCAUCUCCACCUAGAGGCUGAGGGCCUAGAGGAGACCACCACGGUUGAGAACCGUGGGACGAGCAUCUCCACCCCAGAGACCGAUGGCCUAGGAAGAACACCUAGAGGCCGAGGGUCUAGAGGGAACUAUCACGGCGAAGAACCGUGAGACGAUCAUCCAUCAUUCAGAGGCCGAAGGCCUAGAGGAGACCGUCACGGCCGGGGGCCAACCGACAUCAUCAUAUCACGACCGGCCUCCCGGCACGGCGUGAUCAUCUUUUGAAGACCGGCCUCGUCCCCGCGCUGCGCGGACGAAGACCGUUGCUGAAUUUCUUCCAGGUCGGCCUCUCAUCGCCGACACCAUUAUACCACGACCGGCCUCUCGGCUCGGCGUGCUUAUCUUUUGAAGACCGGCCUCGUCCCCGCCCUCGCGGACGAGGACCGUUGCUUGAUUUUCUCAGAUCGGCCGCUCAUUGCCGACACCAUUAUACCACGACCGGCCUCUCGGCUCGGCGUGCUUAUCUUUUGAAGACCGGCCUCGUCCCCGCCACCUCGCGGAUGAGGACCGUUGUUUGAUUCUUUCAGGUCGGCCUCUCACUGCCGACACUAUCAUGUUAUGUUCGGCCUCUCGGCACGACAUAUUUAUCUUUUGAAGACCGGUUUCAUCCCCGCGUUGCGUUGGAUGAGAGCCGUUGCUCGGAUAUAUCGGCCUGACCGGACACUAUUGCCAUCUCCAUUAUCAGGACCGACUGCUCAGCGACAUUGUGAUCAUUUGUAUAUCGGCUCCCAAUGCCGACCCUCUUGAGUUAGCGAUCGGGCUCACCCCUCCCUUCAGGAGGGUGACCAUCGCCUUCGCAUGACGACCAGCUAUUCUAUCGCCUCGUCGUUAUAUUUGUUCGCCAUGCCACCACCAUUAUGUGUGACAUCCCGUGAUCCCUGCGAGUUUCUUGGAUACCGAAUUUCUUCUUCGAUGUAGGAAGAUCGGUAGGACCACGGACCAGGGACGGACAAAGAAGAGCUAGGGAAUCUCGAUGUAGAUAAACCUGUUCCUCCUUGCGAGUUUCGCGGAUACCGAACGUCUCUUCGAAGCAAGAGCGCCGGUAGGACCAAGAACCAAGGACGAACGAAGAAUAUAGAUUGCCUCCCUCAAAAAAAAAAAAAAAAAAAAAGAUGGGGAGAAGAGGAGGGUAGCUCCUAUAUGGAAGGGAAUCUUGCCCGGGCGUGCCAGAUCUUCUCCCACCGCCGAAGACGAACGCCCCUCGAUGUAGAGGUUAGUAGAGACGCGGAGGGGGCUAGACGAACCAAGGGAGCCUUGCCAAGAUAAACCUGUUUAUCCCACAAAUGACCAUGGAUCGAUGGACGUGGGAUAACAAAGACGGGAACCCGUGAGGGUAGACCAGUUCGUCCCUGCGAGUCCUUGGGUACCGAACGUCCUCUUCGAAGCAAGAGACGUCGGUAAGGCUAAAAGGACCACGGACGAACGAAAAAAGGGGGGAAUCUCGAUGUAGAUAAACCUGUUCCUCCUUGCGAUGUCGGCGGACACCGAACGUCUCCUCGAAGUAGGGACGCCGGUGGGACCAGGGACCAAGGACGAACGAAGACUAAAAGACUCCAAAAAAAAAAAAGAGAAAAAAAAAAAAAAAAAAAAAGAAAGAAAGAUGCCAGAAGAGCACGGAGCAAAGAAUGAUUUUAUCCCUCGGCGCUAUUGGCCGGGAAGUACAAACUGAAAAACAUAUGUAAAAGAAUAAUUACAAAACUUAAGUACGAAGAAUGAGGUGGCCGACGACGAUCGGCUAACAUCAGGUUUUCUUUUGUCUUAAACGACGAAUACCAGCUCCCCAGAUCAGGUAGGAGGGACAUCGCCCGGAUUUAUUUCAGGCUCACCAUUCCUUCCCGGAUGGAGUCCUGGCAGACGAUCGGCUUCUCACAGCCAAUCAGGAGAGAGACUUGACACAUCACCAGCACGGCCGAGGGCCGCGAGAGGCCGAGGGCCAUGAGAUGAUCAUCACUAUUUUUCUGUAUCACGAUCGGCCCCUCAGCGCCAUCGUGUUCAGAUUCACGGUUCGGUUCGCU